AUGAACGACAGUAAAAAUAGAGAAGAUAUUAGACUGAUUUGGUUUGAUUCCAGUACUCGUUUAUGUAAAGAUACGGAAAAAAUCUUACGACAACUUCGACUUGUUAAUGAUUAUGUUAUUCUCUGUUCUGACCUCGAAGAAUGUAUUAGACGCGUUGAACUGAUUAAUAAAGAAACGGUCUUUUUAAUUACGUCGGGGGCAAAAGCUUCACAAAUUUUACCUCGAAUAUCUUCUUUCCGUCAAGUUGAUUCAGUUUUUAUUUUCAAUCAGGAGAAAACUCCAUGCGAAGAUGUAUUAACUGAAUAUUCAAAUAUUAUUGGUGUUUAUCUUAAUCUUGAGAAUUUAUGUAAAUCAAUUAAAGAAUAA